CAACAUGGCGGCCUCAGCAAAAAAGAAGAAUAAGAAGGGGAAAACUAUCUCCCUAACAGACUUUCUGGCUGAGGAUGGAGGGACUGGGGGAGGAAGCACCUAUGUCCCCAAACCAGUCAGCUGGGCUGAUGAAACAGAUGACCUGGAAGGACAUGUUUCAACCACUUGGCACAGUAAUGAUGACGAAGUGUAUAGGGCACCUCCAAUUGACCGUUCUAUCCUGCCCACUGCUCCACGGGCUGCUCGGGAACCCAAUAUCGACCGGAGCCGUCUUCCGAAAUUGCCACCCUAUACUGCUUUUCUAGGGAACCUGCCCUAUGAUGUGACAGAAGAAUCCAUUAAGGAAUUCUUUAGAGGAUUAAAUAUCAGUGCAGUGCGUUUACCUCGUGAACCCAGCAAUCCAGAGAGGUUGAAAGGUUUUGGUUAUGCUGAGUUUGAGGACCUGGAUUCUUUGCUCAGUGCCCUGAGCCUCAACGAAGAGUCUCUAGGUAAUAGGAGAAUUCGAGUGGACGUUGCUGAUCAAGCACAGGAUAAAGACAGGGAUGAUCGUUCUUUUGGCCGAGAUAGAAAUCGGGAUUCUGACAAAACAGAUACAGACUGGAGGGCGUGUCCUGCCACAGACAGCUUCGAUGACUACCCGCCGAGGAGAGGUGAUGAUAGUUUUGGAGACAAGUAUCGAGAUCGUUAUGAUUCAGAUCGAUACCGCGAUGGGUAUCGGGAUGGGUAUCGUGAUGGCCCACGCCGAGAUAUGGAUCGAUAUGGGGGCCGGGAUCGCUAUGAUGACCGAGGCAGCAGAGACUACGACAGAGGCUACGAUUCCAGGAUAGGCAGUGGCAGAAGAGCAUUUGGUAGUGGGUACCGUAGGGAUGACGACUACAGAGGAGGCAGGGACCGCUAUGAAGACAGAUACGACAGACAAGACGAUCGGUCAUGGAGCUCCAGAGAUGAUUACUCUCGGGGUGACUAUAGGCGUGAUGAUAGAGGUCCCCCUCAAAGACCCAAACUGAAUCUAAAGCCUCGGAGUACACCUAAGGAAGAUGAUUCCUCUGCUAGCACCUCCCAGUCCACUCGAGCGGCCUCUAUCUUUGGAGGGGCAAAGUCUGUUGACACAGCUGCUAGAGAGCGAGAAGUAGAAGAGCGGCUGCAGAAGGAGCAGGAGAAGCUGCAGCGCCAACUGGAUGAGCCAAAACUAGACCGUCGGCCCUGGGAGAGACACCCAAGCUGGCAAAGUGAAGAGACUCAGGAACGAGAACGGUCCAGGACAGGAAGUGAGUCAUCGCAGACUGGGACCUCGGCCACAUCUGGCAGAAAUGCACGAAGGAGAGAGAGUGAAAAGUCUCUAGAAAAUGAAGCACCCAGUAAAGAGGAAGACUGUCACUCUCCAACUUCCAAGCCUCCCAAAUCUGAACAGCCUCUGAAGGUAAUGCCAGCCCCUCCGCCAAAGGAGAAUGCUUGGGUGAAGCGAAGUUCCAACCCUCCUGCUCGAUCGCAGAGCUCAGACACAGAGCAGCCAUCCCUUACCAGUGGUGGGGGGAAAGUAGUUCCAGCUCAACCACCUGAGGAAGGACCAGCAAGGAGAGAUGAAAACAAAGUAGAUGGGGUGAGUGUCCCAAAAGGCCAAAGUGGGAACUCCAGCCGUGGCCCAGGAGACGGAGGGAACAAGGACCACUGGAAGGAGUCAGAUAGGAAAGAUGGGAAAAAGGAUCAAGACUCCCGAUCUGCACCUGAGCCAAAGAAACCUGAAGAAAAUCCAGCUUCCAAGUUCAGUUCUGCAAGCAAGUACGCUGCUCUCUCUGUUGAUGGCGAAGAUGAGAACGAGGGAGACGAUUACACCGAAUAGACCUCUGCAUCCUGUGCUUUCUCCUAGUCUCUCCACCCUGGAACAUUCGAGAGCAAAUCAAACCUCUCUCCAGACAAGACAAUAAAACUCACCAUCUCCUGGAGACCUUUCUUAACUUUUUUUUAAAAAAACAAAAAACAAAAAACAAAAUGAAAUGAAAUUCUUUUGCAUGCUGCUGCAGCCUUUAAAGUAUUGAACUAACUGGAGAAUCGCCAAUGUAGCCAGAGAGAAAGAGACGUACAGCUUUUCAUGGGAAGGUUGUGCGUUUUUGCGACACAUGCAGUUGCCUGUAUGAUUAGUACCUGGGGGCCUCCAUUUAGCAGAAUGGCAGUGACAGCGAUGCAGUGUCUGGAACCUGGUUGAACAGUAGGGCAGGCUUAAGGAAGAGUGUGAGAUUUCUACCUUUUAAUUCUUAUGAUCCUGUUGUGGCAUAUAUGAAUUCUCAAACAUUAUCUGAAUAAAUUUUCCAUCCUUGGAAAGGUAGGUUUAGUCUCUGAAGUUCUAGUCUCUAGGAGGCUGCCUGCCCCUCCUCUUUCUUAAUUCGGAGUUCCUGGGGCUUCCUGGGGGGAUUCCUUCAUUUUUACCCCCCAGGGGGGUAGUUGGGAGUGAGUCUCU